CCUCUCACACUGCCAACGGAUGACACACGAGGAGGAGGAGGAGGAAGAGGUGACGAGGAGAAGCUGCUGUCUCUUUUCUCCCAGCUUUCCAUCACUUUAAAAAAAAGAAAGAAAGAAAGAAAGAGAGACCAGACCAGAGCAACAACCAAAAGAAAGGACACACAGGAUAUAUAUACAUACAUACAAAAGAAAAAGAAACCCUACUCUUCUCCAUUCUCCUUUUCAAGGAGGGCAUUUUUCUUCCCUUUCCCCCCCUUUCCUUUUCUACCCCGAUUUUUUCCUCUGAGAUCCUGGUUUUGUCAAAUUAUAGCCCCUGAACUUCUCUGGGAUUUCAGGUGAGGCACGCGUGUGUAGUGUGUGGUGCUUCUUCGUGGUUUUUUUUAUUACCUAUCAUGGCUCACGCGGCCUCCCAAUUGAAGAAGAAUCGGGGGGAAGUGGAUGUGAAUGCAAUAGAGGACGAGAAGGAGAAGCGGAGGAAGAGCAGGAGAACAGCAUCCCGGGAACAAAAGAGAAAGUCUGAUAGCAAUGCCAGUUACCUACGAGCUGCCCGGGCAGGGAACCUCGAAAAAGUCCUUGACUACCUCAAGUCUGGGGUUGAGAUUAACAUUUGCAAUCAAAAUGGUCUAAAUGCUCUUCAUCUGGCCUCCAAGGAGGGACAUGUAGAGGUUGUUGCUGAGCUGCUGAAGCUCGGAGCCACUGUGGACGCAGCCACAAAGAAAGGAAACACUGCUCUGCACAUAGCGUCGCUGGCUGGCCAAACGGAAGUCGUCAAAGAGCUGGUCACUAAUGGAGCCAAUGUCAACGCACAAUCUCAGAAUGGCUUCACUCCUCUGUACAUGGCAGCCCAGGAGAAUCACCUGGAGGUGGUGCGGUUCCUUCUGGAGAACAGCGCCAGCCAGAGUAUCGCCACUGAGGAUGGCUUUACCCCUCUGGCAGUGGCCCUCCAGCAGGGCCAUGACCAGGUGGUCUCCUUGCUAUUGGAGAACGAUACAAAGGGCAAGGUGCGCCUGCCUGCCCUGCACAUUGCCGCACGCAAGGAUGACACCAAGGCCGCGGCCCUGCUCCUGCAGAACGACCACAACGCAGACGUCGAGUCCAAGAUGAUGGUGAAUAGAACAACAGAGAGUGGCUUCACCCCCCUCCACAUCGCAGCGCAUUAUGGCAACAUUAAUGUAGCCACGCUUUUGCUGAACCGCGGGGCUGCUGUGGACUUCAUGGCUCGGAAUGAUAUCACACCGCUUCAUGUGGCCGCAAAAAGGGGCAACAGCAAUAUGGUGAAGUUGCUGCUGGACAGAGGGGCCAAAAUUGAUGCAAAGACCAAGGACGGUCUGACACCUCUUCAUUGUGGGGCACGGAGCGGACACGAGCAGGUGGUAGAAAUUCUUCUGGACAGAGGAGCUCCUAUACUGUCCAAGACCAAGAACGGCCUAUCGCCUCUCCACAUGGCCACUCAGGGGGACCACCUGAACUGCGUCCAGCUCCUGCUCCAGCACGACGUGCCCGUGGAUGACGUCACCAAUGACUACCUUACGGCGCUGCACGUUGCUGCCCACUGCGGUCACUACAAGGUGGCCAAGCUCAUUGUGGACAAGAAGGCCAACCCAAAUGCCAAGGCUCUGAAUGGUUUCACUCCGCUUCAUAUCGCCUGCAAGAAGAACAGAGUCAAGGUGAUGGAGCUGUUGCUUAAACAUGGAGCGUCUAUCCAGGCUGUCACAGAGUCCGGCUUGACGCCCAUUCAUGUGGCAGCCUUUAUGGGCCAUGAAAACAUUGUCCAUGCGCUGACGCACCACGGAGCUUCGCCCAACACCACCAAUGUGCGAGGAGAGACAGCUCUCCACAUGGCAGCCAGGGCAGGCCAGGCAGACGUAGUCCGAUACCUGCUAAAGAACGGAGCCAAGGUGGAGACCAAGUCCAAGGAUGACCAGACAGCGCUGCACAUAUCCAGUCGGCUGGGGAAGGUCGACAUUGUCCAGCAGCUGCUGCAUUGCGGUGCGUCUGCCAAUGCUGCCACCACCUCAGGCUACACCCCCCUUCACCUGGCUGCCCGCGAAGGACACCAUGAUGUUGCUGCCAUGCUCCUGGACAAUGGUGCCUCACUCUCAUCUGCAACAAAGAAAGGAUUCAGUCCCCUCCAUGUGGCAGCAAAGUAUGGCAAGAUGGAGGUAGCCAGUUUGCUCCUACAGAAGGGAGCUGCACCUGAUGCUGCUGGAAAGAGUGGGCUAACUCCUCUGCAUGUAGCUGCUCACUACGAUAAUCAGAGAGUGGCACUGCUGCUGCUGGAUCAGGGAGCUUCCCCACACGCUGCCGCCAAGAACGGCUACAUGCCCCUUCAUAUCGCUGCCAAGAAGAACCAAAUGGAAAUUGGGACCACACUGCUGGAGUACGGUGCAGACACCAAUGCAGUGACGCGGCAAGGCAUCAGCCCAAUUCACCUUGCAGCACAGGAGGGCAACGUGGAUCUGGUGUCACUGCUGCUGACCAAGAACGCUAAUGUCAACGUGUGCAACAAGAGCGGACUAACACCACUCCACUUAGCAGCUCAGGAGGACAAGGUCAAUGUUGCUGAAGUCCUUCUCAAUCAUGGGGCUGAUGUCAACCCACAAACAAAGAUGGGUUACACUCCGCUGCAUGUAGCUUGCCACUAUGGAAAUGCAAAGAUGGCAAACUUCCUGCUGCACAACCAUGCCAGAGUCAAUGGCAAAACCAAGAACGGGUACACUCCUCUACACCAAGCUGCUCAGCAGGGCCACACCCACAUCAUCAACCUGCUGCUUCAGAACGGGGCCUCGGCCAACGAACUCACUGUGAACGGGAACACUGCCCUAUCCAUUGCCCGCCGUCUUGGUUACAUCUCUGUGGUUGACACUCUGAGGCCUGUGACUGAUGAAAACUUGGCCACUAUGAGUGCAUCCGAAAAGCAUAAAAUCAAUGUCCCUGAGACCAUGAAUGAAUUCCUCGAUAUGUCAGAUGAUGAAGUCCAGGCCAAUGUGCCAGAAACUCUCAGUGAGGAGUCUUUGUCAGAUGUUGAUGAAGGUGAGGAUGCAAUGACUGGUGAUACAGACAAAUACCUGCGGCCUCAGGACCUCAAAGAGUUGGGGGAUGACUCUCUCCCUCAUGAGGGGUACAUGGGUUUCAGCAUAGGAGCCCGCUCAGCCAGCCCUAGAAUCAGCCUCCGCUCCUUCAGUUCGGAUAGGUCCAACACGCUCAACCGGAGCUCCUUUGCACGAGACAGUAUGAUGAUUGAAGAGAUUCUGGCUCCUACAAAAGACACGCUUCAGAGUGUCUGUAAAGACAUUUCCUACUUGGUUGAUCCACUCAAUAAGCACCUUGCUGUGACCAGAGAUUACAGUUCGGAGUGUAUGAGACGCUACAGCUGGACUCCUGACACUAUGGAUCACAGCCACAACACUGUGUCUAGUCCAAUUCACUCUGGCUUCUCCUCCCCGCUCCCUCAGUAUGACUCCAGCUGCAUAGAGAUGGAUAGUCCUGCCGAGUUGGAGAAGAAGCGCAUUUGCCGCAUCGUCACUGGAGAUUUUCCACAGUAUUUUGCUGUGGUGUCGCGGAUUAAGCAGGAAUCUAAUCAUAUGGGUCCUGAUGGAGGGGUACUUUCUAGCAGUACUGUUCCCAUGGUCCAGGCCUCAUUCCCCCCAGGAGCUCUCACCAAGAAGAUCCGUGUUGGCCUGCAGGCCCAGCCUGUGCCAGACGACAUGGUGAGGGCAGUCCUUGGCAACAGAGCCACCUUCAGCCCCAUUGUCACUGUAGAGCCGAGGAGAAGAAAAUUCCACAAGCCGAUCACUAUGACGAUCCCUGUCCCACCUAGAUCGGCAGAAGGCCAUCCCAUCGGCCAUCGAGGCGAAUCGGCACCCUGCCUGCGUCUCCUCUGCAGCAUCACAGGCAAGUUUUGGCUCGCAGACUGUCACCAGAUUCCUGAGACGGUGAGUCUAGCGUCUCAGUUAUACCGGGAGCUGAUCUGCGUGCCGUACCUGGCCAAAUUUGUGGUGUUCGCCAAGAUGAAUGAUGUUAUUGAGGCUCGGCUGCGCUGCUUCUGCAUGACGGACGACAAAGUGGACAAGACCCUCGAGCAGCAGGAGAACUUUGAGGAGGUGGCCCGCAGCAAAGAUAUUGAGGUUCUUGAGGGCAAACCGAUCUACGUGGAUUGUUAUGGCAAUCUUUCCCCUCUUGCCAAAAGCGGGCAGCAGCUGGUAUUUAACUUCUUCUCCUUCAAGGAAAACAGACUUCCUUUCAACGUAAAGAUCAGAGACAUGGGCCAAGAACCAUGUGGGCGCCUCUCCUUCCUGAGAGAGCCAAAAACCACAAAAGGCCUUCCACAGACUGCCAUAUGCAAUUUGAAUAUCACACUGCCAACCCACAAGAAGGAUAUGGAGUCUGAUCCUGAUGAUGAGACUGAAAAGCCAGAGCGACGUCAUACCUUUGCCUCCUUAGCUUUGCGUAAGCGCUACAGCUAUUUGACCGACCCAGCAGCGAAAACAACUGAUCGAAGCUCGCCGAGAACACAGCCUUCUAGCUACCCUCACAAACCUGUCUUUUCAACGAGACCUUAUCAGGCGUGGUCGCCUGUUCCUGUCGCCGUCCCUGGCCAAGCCAAGUCUGGGUUUGGCUCCCUCUCCAGUUCGUCAUCCAACACGCCCUCUGCCUCUCCAUUAAAGUCUGUCUGGUCCAUCAACUCUGCCUCCCCCAUCAAGACAAACAUCCCUGGAUCACCUGCCUCUUCUGUAAAGUCAGUUAGUGACAUAGCCUCUCCCAUCCGAUCUUACAGAACCAUCUCCUCUCCUAUAAAAACGGUAGUCCAGCAAGCUCAGUACCCCAUCCAGGUCAGCCCCAGUCCCCUUUCUUCACCGGGCAAAAGUGCCCCAGAUCCUCUGUCUAUGAAAGGAUUGGCAGCAUUGUCUGCUAGAACCUCCCCUUUAACUGUCCCUGAAAGAGGGAGCACUCUUCUUGAAAGAUCAUCUAUGGGCAUGACCCCACCAAGCUCUCCCAAAUCUUCUCUGAGUAUGUUCAGUUCAUCCCUACCAUAUAAGACUGUUAUGGGAGGAUCUAGUGGCACUGCAUCAUCCUCAUCACCUAUAAAAACUGUACCUGGUCUCUCUUCUGUGCGUUCCUUUGCCUCUGAUGUCACAAGCCCUGCAAGAAACCUGUUUUCGUCCCUUUCAUCACCACUGAAAUCCAACUCCUCCCCAAGUGCUGCAGCUUUGAUUAAUGGAAGUGUCUCGCCCACACAGUACCGUUCUUCAUCCCCAACAUCUCUUCUCUCCAGCAGUCUGCAAGAGAGGAUACAAGCAACCACCAAUGCUGCAACCACAAGUGUCAAUGCAGCAUUUGAUGAAGUUGAAAAAACAUUCAAUUCUUGCUCUGCAGGCUAUGGCACCCUGAAGUCCAUGUCUUCUUCUGCGUCUUCCUCAUAUCAGUCCAUUAGAUCAUCAGCUUCUAAUUCCCUGUAUCCCUCACUAAGAUCCCCCACUAAUGUUACCACUGCUGUAACGUCUAGUACAAUGACUGUUCCAGUGUACUCUGUUAUUAAUGUGCUGCCAGAACACCAGUUUAAAAAGUUACCUGAGGUGUCAAAGUCAGCUGCUGCUCUUCUGUCCCCAAGGAAGACUAUGCCAGUUGAGGUAAAUGCUCAGUUGCAGUCUUCCUUUGCCAAAACGCUUUCCCCUAUCAAAGCUCCCUUUUCUGCUGGCCUCAAGUCAAAUACCACAUCACCACUGUCAUCUAGCCAAGAGAUUCUGAAGGAUGUAGCUGAAAUGAAGGAGGACUUGAUUCGAAUGUCAGCCAUUUUGCAGACAGACCCAAAUUCCAUAGCAAAUAAAGGAUUUCAGUCUGAUUCUCCCAGGGAGGCUAAGAUAGAAGAUGAGGAGCCAUAUCGGAUUGUGGAGAAAGUAAAGCAAGACUUGGUAAAAGUCAGUGAAAUCCUCACUAAAGAUGGUGUGAAGGAUGGUAGGGUUUCCCUGGCCAGGGAUUCAUUGGAUGACAUACAUUUCUCGAAAGUACAAGUUGAACAACCGCCAAGCAACUGGAGCUAUCCCCCAAGAUAUGAGACAGUGGUCCCUCAAGCCAAAUCAAAAACAAUUCCUGAUCGAGAUUUCAAUCUGUCCAAAGUGGUUGACUACCUGGCCACUGAUGUGGGCAGCAGCUCUUUCACCAAAAUGUAUGAUACAAAGCAUAAAGCAAAUGAGGGCAAAAGAGAAGAAGAUGGGAAAGAGAAGCAGAAACGUGUUUUAAAACCCACCAUAGCAGUUCAGGAGCAUAAGCUCAAAAUGCCUCCAACAAACAUGAGGUCUUCUUCUUCUGACAAGGAGAUCAGUAAAAUAGCUGAUACACUUUUUGGAGCAGAUACUGUGCUAGAAUCCCCUGAUGAUAUCUCACAUGAACAAGAUAAAAGCCCUCUCUCAGACAGUGGCUUUGAGACCAGAAGUGAAAGAACACCCUCUGCCCCUCCAAGUGCCGAAGGCAUGGGCCCCAAAGCCCUUUUUCAGGAUAUCCCAGUUCCACCAGUGAUCACUGAGACUAGAACUGAGGUUGUCCAUGUCAUCAGGAGUUAUGAGUCUCCAGAGGACAACAAACAACCUGCAAUGGAGGAUGCUCAACCAGUGAGAUAUAUUGAUUCAGAUGCUAAAGGGCAUCAAAAUCAAACUACGUCAACUGCAGACCAGAAUAAAUGCUAUUCAAUUAAAGUCAGCCCUGACGAAGAUCCCAUGGGGAAAGGGAUGAGGGUAAAGGAGGAAACUCACAUCACUACCACCACCAGGAUGGUGUACCACAAACCACCUGGCAAAGAAUCAGCAUCUGAGAGGUGUGAGGAGACGAUGUCUGUGCAUGACAUAAUGAAGGCAUUUCAGUCAGGCAAAGACCCUUCUAGAGAGCUGGCUGGACUGUUUGAACACAAGUCAAACAAUGAGGAAACAUCUCAGAGAGUCCUCGAGGAUCUCAACUCCAAGCCUAAAGUUGAAAGAAUAAUUGAGGUUCAUAUUGAAAAGGGCAAUAAAACAGAACCAACAGAAGUCAUCAUCAGAGAGACAAAAAACCAUGCAGAGAAGGAAAUGUACUACUAUCCAGGGAAUAGACAAGAUGAGGAAGAGACCGAGGAGUCUCUCCCAGUGUACCUUGACUCCCCAAGAGUGAACACACCCAUGUCCCAGGAAGAAGACAGUCGCCCUAAUUCAGCCCAGCUCAUGUCAGAUGACUCUUACAAAACUCUAAAGCUACUUAGCCAACAGUCUGUUGAGUACAAUGAGGAUGAGUCAUCAGAGCUUAGAGGGGAGUCUUACAAUUUUGCAGAGAAAAUGCUACUCUCUGAGAAAUUUGACCAAUCUCAUUCUGACACAGAAGAAUAUUUGAGAGAUAGGUCUCGCUUCUGCUCACCAGAUAGAAGCAGUCACAGUGAGGGUAGAUCAGUUGGGCCAAGGACAGAGUAUGUCUUUAGGUCAACAAGAAACGUCUUUGAUAAAUCUGGACGAAUGGCCAAUGUUGAUGACAACUUUGACAAACUGACACUUUUGCAAUAUUCAUCUGAGCCUGGUAGCCCCAAGCAGUCUGUUUGGAUGCGUGUGUCAGAUGACACACAGAAUAAAGAGAGAGAACAGCUUAUAUAUGAGGACAGGGUAGACAGAACUGUAAAAGAGGCAGAGGAAAAACUAAGUGAGGUGUCUCAGUUCUUUCGUGAUAAAACAGAACAGCUCAAUGAUGAGUUGUCAUCUCCAGAGAAGAAAUCUCGUAGACCAGACUUCAGAGAAUCACGGUCAGGGCCCAGCUCUACACACAGCAGUCCAGAAAGAUCAGCUUAUAGGAGUGGGAGUAGUGGGGAAGAGUGGAGCAGGGAAAGGCUUCGAGACAGGUUCACCUCCAGUGACAGGAAAUGUGCCAGUUUACCAAGCAGUCCAGAAAGGAGAGUAUUGUUACAGUAUUGUGAUUCUGACUCAAGAAGACAAGGUGAUGGUAAAUCACAGGUAACUACAGGUGAAAACCCUAAACCUUUUCAGAUGUCUUCCUCCAAAGUCAGUGCAGUGAGGCUAAAGUUUGAGCAAGAGGCUCAAAGGCAAGAUCGGAAUCCUCAGGGUGUCCAAAAUUCAAAUCCCCCUAUCAGAAAGCUCCAGGAAAGUAAGCUUCCUGUUUACCAGGUAUUUGCUGGUUCAGGUGUCCCAAAAACAGGAGAUGGUGUGGGUAAUCAGAGGAGUUGUCAAGAGUCUGAAACAAAUAAGUUCUCACCCAAGCAUGAGACUAGUGGAAAAGAUCAAGAAGAGAGCAAGUUAUUCAGAACAUGGGAGAACCAGGGGUAUGGAAACUAUAAACCUCAAUCUCCCAAACUAUCUAAUUCAUUAAUCCAUGAUUCUAUGAAAGGCAGCAAUAAUAGUGAUUCCCAAAGACAAGAAAAAACAAAAAAAAUAAUCUACACAGAAUUUGUUGUCCGAGAAAGUCCAACCAGCAACGAUAGUCUAAAAAAAAACUCGGAAUCACAAAUUCCUGUAAGAAAGCCAUCUAAUUUCUCAGAAAAUCAGAAAUCUCCCCCUUUAAAAUCUGAUACCCCUAUUGAACCAUUUGAGAGGGCAGGGUCUCAUAGUUCAGCUCGAAAUCGGGUACACAGUAGCUCUGAAUCCAACAAGUCUACCCGUGGAUCAUCAUUAGGAAAAUCCACAGAUUCAUCAGAGGGUAGCCAGUCAAAUGUAGUGUGUAAUGGUGUUGAUAGUGACCAAGUAGAAUAUUUGGAUCAAGUAACUCCUGUAGUUGUAACUGAGGGUUUUAAAGAUAUUAAGCCCUUGCCUGUUUAUGUCAGCAUCCAAGUAGGAAAGCAGUAUGAGAAAGAGACAGCUUCGGGUCAGCUGGGAACAUACAAAAAGAUAGUAAGCCAUGAGAGUAGGACAGUGCAUGAAACCAGGGGUGCAUUUUACUCUGUCAAACAAAAGCAGUCGCCAUCGCCUCAAGGAAGUCCAGAAGAUGACACUCUAGAACAAGUGACUUUCAUGGAAAGCUCUGGGAAAAGUCCUGUUACCCCUGAGACCCCCAGCUCAGAGGAAAUGAGCCUGACCUCCAGAACGCCAGACUCUGUGAUAGGCUUCAUGCCUGGCAUGCCAAGUCCUAUCCCAGAGGAGUCUGAGGAGGAAGAAGGAAAGACCUUCGUCUACAAAGAGCCCUCAAAGGAAAAACCUAAGCCAGCUUCCCCAGAGAAUAAAAAGCAGGAUGGAGAGAGACAAAGGUCAAAGGACAAAAGAGUGGCUUAUAUAGAGUUUCCACCACCUCCUCCUAUAGAAGCAGAACCGUCCAAUCCAGAGAAAAGGGGUUCAUGUGCUUCUUCCUCAGAGACAGAGAUGAUGGAGGUUAACCUGCAAGAGGAACAUGAUAGACACCUCUUAGCUGAGCCAGUCAUCAGGGUCCAGCCUCCAUCCCCUAUUCCCCCUGGCGCUGAUAACAGUGACUCUAGCGAUGAUGAGUCCGUCUUUCAUCCCAUCCCACUCAAAAAGUAUACAUUUAAAAUGAAGGAAGAAGGAGAGAAACGUCCAAAACCCAAAAAAUCUGAGAAAAAUGGAAAUAAGGACUCUGGGAUUAAUGGUGUAGUAAAGGGAGAGGAGGCUGAUUUUGAGCAAAAUGGCAAUGAUCAGUCAAUCACUGACUGCUCAAUAGCGACCACUGCUGAGUUCUCUCAUGACACAGAUGCAACUGAAAUUGACUCUUUAGAUGGGUAUGACCUUCAGGAUGAGGAUGAUGGACUGAGUGAAGAUCCAAAAACAUCUAGUCUGUCUAAUGAUGGAAAAACAGCGGGUGCAUUUAGUCAGUCCAAACUUGAAGUGAUAGAGGAAGAGAAAUGUGAGGAAGGGGGAGAUGGAAAGACUAAAAUCAGUGCAUCUUCUCUGCAAAGUAGUGGGGAUGAAAAAGAUUACACCCUUGAAGGAAGACAUCCAGAUAGACAGGGCUUUGGAGAAAACUACUUUGGCUAUCAACUUGAAGAGGAGCUGAAUUCACCCUUUAAAACAGUGGCCACCAAAGGUCUGGACUUUGACCCCUGGUCCACAAAAGGGGUUGAUAAUGAAGGGGUUUUUGAGUCCAAAUCAAAAGAUGAUGACCCAAAACCCUACGGCUUAUCAGUGGAGGACUCACAGGCUACAACUCCUGACACAACCCCUGCUCGAACACCAACUGAUGAGAGCACACCGACUAGUGAGCCUAACCCUUUCCCUUUCCACGAAGGGAAGAUGUUUGAGAUGACCCGCAGUGGUGCUAUUGACAUGAGCAAGCGGGACUUUGUUGAAGAGAGGCUUCAGUUUUUCCAGAUUGGUGAGCAUUCCUCUGACCCUAAAACAGGGGAAAAGGGGCGAGGGGGCAAGAUCCUGGGGGUACUUUCCUCUCAAUCAAAAACAGGGGAGAGGGCCACUGUAGAUGGAAAGGUGAAGGUUAUAGAUACUACCACAGACAGCAGCACUACACCAACAACACCAGCAGCAACUACAGCAAAAUGCAGUCCUGCACAGCCUCGCAGUGACACUGGCUAUGCUGGUACUGAUGCCCCCAUCUGUGAAGCCAUAGCUGAAACUGCCUCGUCUUGCACAAUCACAGCCUCUAAGGUUGAUUCGAAAUUACGUACUCCUAUUAAGAUGGGCAUAGCUGCCUCUAUAACUGUGAAAAAAGACUCAGGGGAUCUCACUGAUUGUAAAGCUGAGAUAUCUGAGGGCCAGCUGGUGCCAGAAUACAUUAGUAUAGAGGGGCAGUCUGCAGACAGCAAGUCUAGCAGCCACACUUCGCCCAGAUUAGAAAGAAGAGAUUACCCCUCUGAAAACUGCAACAACAAUAAUAACCUUGAGUCCUCCAGUGUACAGGCCAACUACAUACAGUGUGGCAGUGUGGUGUUUAAUUUGCAGUCCUCUUCUGAACCCACCCUCCAAAAAGCUAGUAGGAUAGAAACGCUUUGCUGUAGGGAAUUAGAAGAAAGAGUGGAAGUGCACAGCAGUAGUCAGGUGCAGGAGGAGAAAAAGGAAACAGUUAAAGAAAAUGAAGUGAAGCAGCCCAAGUCAAGACUUCCAGUUAAAGCAUCAGGGUGGUCAUUUCACACGCAGGGAACAGCCAUAGGUAAACAGAAGCCGAAACAAGCAGUGAAAGUUGAGGUUAAAAAAAGAGGCGAGCCAGCCAUAGCCAAAGUAGAGCCCAGGUCUAGGAUACCAAUAAAGGAUGUUAAAAAGAACAGCCCUGCUACUACAGCUAGCUCAGUUGUUUCAGUUCGUGUUACCUCACAGCCAAUGAGGGCACUGGCCAAAGAGAGAGCAGCCAUACAGUUGCCCUCAAGGCUUCCACUGAAGGACAGGCAUCAGAUCAGCAGUGUCGCAAUAUGUAGACCAGACAGACAGGAAAACCCUAGUGAGCUUUGUAAGCGCACCAUCGAAUACUUUAAAGACAUUAGCGGGGAGACGCUAAAGUUGGUGGACCGCCUGUCAGACGAGGAGAAAAAGACGCAGACAGAGCAGUCGGAGGAAGACAGCACCUCCCGGAGCACCUCUCUGUCGGACGCCUCCCAGCCUUCCCAGCCCUCCCAGCCCUCCCGCUCAUCCAGGUCUGGUAGAGGUUCGAGGGCUGAGGCCGGGGCCGCGUCCGUAAGGGCAAAGGUGGCGACGACGGACAGGGCCUCCGGCAGUGAGAGGAGCAGGAGGAGUAGGCGGACUGGUGGGAAGGAGGGCAGUCAGGGACUCACAGGGUCUCGAACGCCUCCCAUCGCGGAGAUCAAGCCUAGUCCCCAAAGUCCUUGUGAGCGAACGGACUUGCGCAUGGCUAUAGUUGCAGAUCACUUGGGACUCAGUUGGACAGAGCUGGCUCGGGAGAUGAACUUCACAGUGGAUGAGAUCAAUCACAUUAGACUAGAGAACCCGAACUCUCUGACAGCACAGAGCUUCAUGCUUCUUAAGAAAUGGGUCAGUCGGGAAGGGAAAAACGCCACAACGGAUGCCUUAACUGCAGUGCUGACCAAAGUCAAUCGGAUGGAUAUUGUGACUUUGCUGGAGGGGCCAAUAUUUGACUAUGGUAACAUUUCAGGCACAAGAUGUUUUGCCGAUGAUAACGCUGUUUUCCGGGAUCAGGCUGAUGAUUAUCAGAGCAUUCUAGUGGAGCUGCAGUCCCCCGCCACACUGCACUCUGAUCCCUACUUCCUGGAGUCUGACCUCCCCGUCACUCCCAAUCCUUCCCUUGCACACCACCAACAACAGCACCAUUACCCAGAACCAGACACACCUUUGCUUGCUGACACCCAGCCUCAGCCCUUGCCUUGGAGUCCAGAGUUAGAGCCCAGUAACAGAGAGCCAGAAAGCCCCCCUAGGAGCCCCCCUAGACCCUGUGAGCUCACCCUAUCUGUCCCAGUAUUUGAACUUCCUGAUCCUAUUCCCUACAAGCCCAGAAAGCCCCACAUUGCCCUGAAUGAUCAGCUGCUAUUGAGCGAGGAGGAGGACCGAUCUUUUCAAGAAAUGGAACCAAUCCACAGGCCCAGGUCACGGUCCUUUCCCACGAUGUGUGAAUUAGACGUUGAUAUGGCAUACUCCACAUCUUCCCCUUCAUUAUCAUCAAUUUCAUCGAUAACCCCUUCAUCACCAGAGAGAGCACAAAUUGGAGAUGGAAGAGUGCAGCUGGAUCCCUUUAAUGGGGUAAAACAGGAUGUUUGUUUGAAAAGAGGUGAAAAGGAAGUGACAGAAGAAUUAGGGAAGGUUGUUGAAGUGGCUGCAGCAGAGUUGGAAGAGGGAAGUGCAUUAGUGGAAAAGUGGGUAGAGCGAGACUUAAUUGAAAAUGUGGAAAGAAAAUGUGAGAUGAUAACAAAAGAUAGGUCUAAACUAACAGAGGAAAAUUUGGUGGAACAGAAAGAGGGGUUUGAAGAGGAAGAGAAAGAUUUAGUGAGUAACCAGCAGGAUAAUAUUCAUGACGGGAAUAAGGGGACAGCCUAUGUUAUGGAAGUGGUGAGAGAUGUACAGCUGUUAAACGAGCAGUAUGACCUGCCAGGAAAUGAGCAUGAAAUGGAAAAAGCUUGUGCCACAUUUGAAGCAGAUAGCAGAAAAGUUGAUGGAGUCGCUGAGGAAGUUUUCUGUAAGGGUGAUAGAAUAGAUGAUACACAUGAAGAUGUGCAGUUUAAGGAUUCGACGUUGUGUGGCAGUGAAAAGGAUAUUUGCAGUACAUCACAACAGGACGUCGAGGACCAGACUGUAGUCCGCCUCUCCCCUCAGGCCUGGGAUGAGGCACUUGAGGAACUUCAGGCCAAUGAAGAAGAUAAGGAGGAGGAGGAGGAUAAAGAGAUCAAAGAAGAAGCAUUAGGGUCUUUGUUGGAGGAGGUGAAGAACAAAGGUGGCUCAGAGGAAAAGGAGGAGAACGAAGAGAUGACCAAGUCCAGGAUUCAGGAGAUUUGUGAUCACGUUGAACAUGCAGAACAAGACCUUUGUUCACUUUCAGGUUGGCACAGCGAUUCAUCCAGUGUCAAUGUGGAACCACCAACGCCAGGACGCAGUGUCAGCUCAGACUUGCUCGACAGACGAGAAAGCCAAGAGAACUCUAGUGACUCCAUCACCUCCUCAUCUAGAGGAGAAUCAGGGAGGUCCCGACAGAACGGCGACAACUCAAAGCACUCACCUCAGGACGGCUCAUCUGAAUCAUCAAAUGGCAGAAAAGAGGAGGGAACACUAAUGUCAGAGAAAAAAGUCCAGCGAGUUAGUGUAGAUUCCGGUUCAGAGGAAGAACAGACAGUAACCACCAGAAUCUUCAGACGCCGUCUAAUUUUAAAGGGAGAAGAAGCAAAGAAUAUCCCAGGUGAGACCAUGACAGAGGAACACUAUAUGGACCAAGAUGGUAACCUCAUCAGUAGAAAAGUCAUAAGGAAGGUUAUUCGCCGGGUGUCUACUCCCACACCAGAAAACCAAGGAGGUGACAGGUGGCACAAAGACCUUCACCACAGUCCCAUUCUGCAAGAAGAUGCAUCAGAGCAUGGAGAGGGGUCAAGGAAUAGCAGGCGGAAAGAUGAUAGAAGAUCAGGGGAUAAAAAGCACCACUCAUAGGGAUGGUUACUCUCUUCCAGAUACAGAGGAACCAAGUUCAACGUUUCCUGGGAACAAGUGUUCAGAGGGCUAAGACUUCAGGUUCAAGGACUUAAAGCAAGGUCCAGUGUGCCACUAUCUGCUCUAAAUAAAUGGCUUUCACAUGAAAGGAGUCAACCCUUCUGACUUGCGCAUGAGCAUGAAAAACUCACUCCCUGUCAAUUAAAGGACCAAGAAGUUCUCACUUUAUGACUGUGGUGGACCAGUGGACAAUGAUCCUGCUUCCUGUUUUGUGUGAAACAAUACGUGCCAUCGGUCCACUGGUGUUGUGAGAGCUUUUUGGAGGAGCGUCGUUUGUUGCGAAAAACGACAGAGACUCCAUUACUGACAACCACACAGGUGCAACUGUGACCAAAGAUGGCACAAGAGCUCAAUGCACAUGGUGGGUGAAAAGAAUGAGGUAGACACAAUAACACACACAAAGAAAAUCGAAUGGACACUUCUAAUCCAACUUCAACACUCGCCUUAUAGUUUUUUCUUGAACCCAUUGUUGUCAGGAUGUAAAUUGUUUGGGGGUUUUUUUCCUUCCUUUUUAAAACUUAAACACAACUAACACAAAAGCUUUUUUUCCUGUAUAUAAAAUUAUAAUGUGUAUAAUUCUUUUAAAUCGAAUGGACAAGUUGCUGGUUGCGAACGCACUGAGGAGAGCGACCUUUUCAAGUGCUUUCAAAAUUUACUGAAACGAUUUCACUUUUAAAGAUUUGAGUGUAACUUCACGGGUUCUUGUAUAAUUAAUUACUAGAACAGGUAUAAUGUUUGUACAUGAAAAAGCUGGUUUGAUUUUAACAGAAGAAAUUUCCAGAAAAAAAUCGAAUUUCUGUAAUUCCCAAAGUGGGAAUGGAUCCUGCAAAAAAAGAGGAGCCUUUCAGAGUACUCAUAUUUUCAUGCAUGCUGUUCACAUUAUUUUAAUUACAAUUUUUACAGGUUUGCAAAACACUGUAUUCAAAUGAAUCCCUUUAUCACUAUACACAUAUAGCCCUGACGUUUGUCACCGAUUUUAUAUUUCAAAUUGAAAAAGGAUACCAUUAAAGCUUUUAUCAUGUUGGGGUGAGGAUGAAAAAAAAUCUCUAGCUUCUUGAGGAUGUGAUGUCUUGUCUGUCUGUGUAAAACUGGAGGGCAGCUUCUGCUACAGGAACGAAGUAAUCAGAAUGUAAAUGCUAGUAGGCUGGCUCGCUGUAAAAUUAUACUUGUAUUGUGCAUAUUGGCUAUAAGGUUUAGGAGUCUCUGUACACUGUAAGACUGUUUGUAAACAUUUAGCAGUGUUUCAGUUUGGUUUUCUAAUGGCUGCUGUGGUAUUAAAGGAAAACUGGGGCAUUUCACUUUGGAUUCUUUGGUGAAGUAUUUCCUUAAUUUAAAACCUACUCACAUUAAGGACACAUAAAGACAUUGUUUGAUUGUAGCUCCAAAUAGCAUAUUGUAUGACAAAACACUGGAUGGUCAGAACCAGUUAUUUAAGCAUUAAAUAAAUUGUGUUUUAACUCUGAAACUGUGUGAUCUCUUUAGGCUUGAGAGUCUGUAUAUGCAGUGUCGAAUAGAAUUGUUUUCACUAGCUCACUGACAAAGUUUUAUUUGACACACUUUACAUGACAUUAGGAAUUUAUGUAUCAGUUUUCAUUAGAUGCCCAUGUAGUUCAAGUGUGGUGUUCUACUGCUGCGAUGGCUCAGUAUGCUGAUGUCUAUGCUGUGGACAUGAAAACUAUGUACCUUUUUUUUUUCAGUUUUUUUGGGUGGGAGUAUUAAAGGAAGUCAGAUAGGGUGCUGUACCACAUCCCCUUAUACUACUAUGUCAAUCAGGGGGUAGAGGAUACUUUGAUAUGGUUGAAGUAUCAAUUUUGUUAAUUUUCUUUGAUAUGUGUUUUCACCUGAGCAGAUUUUUUGAUGUACAAUUCUUACUAACAGAGUGAAGCCAUUGAAAUAUAACUAUUCUAGCACUUUGGUUAUUCAAGGUCUUUUAGAGGCUAUAACAGCAAUGAUGCCAUCACAAAUGUUUCAAACGUCUUUAAAAAAAAAUCAACCUAAAAACUCCAAAAAAAUACAAUAAAAUGCAGUGAUUUUGCAGUA